UUGGGGCAUCAUGUCUUACGCCUAUCUCUUCAAAUACAUCAUCAUCGGGGACACUGGUGUCCGGAAAUCCUGUCUCCUGCUACAGUUCACCGACAAGCGCUUCCAGCCCAUCCAUGACCUGACCAUCGCUGUGGAGUUUGGAGCUCGGAUGAUCAACAUUGACAGCAAACAGAUCAAGCUGCAGAUCUGGCACACAGCUGGGCAGGAGUCUUUUCGUACCAUCACCCGCUCCUACUACCGUGGUGCAGCCGGAGCACUGCUGGUCUAUGACAUCACCAGGUGGGAGACCUUUAACCACCUGACCUCGUGGCUGGAGGACGCUUGGCAACAUUCCAGCUCCAGCAUGGUCAUCAUGCUUAUCGGCAACAAGAGUGACCUGGAGUCCCGGCGGGAUGUGCAGAAAGCAGGGGGAGAGGUCUUCACGCGGGUACAUGGGCUGGUCUUCAUGGAGACCUCAGCCAAGACGUCCACCAACGUCGAGGAGGCCUUCAUUGAUACAGCCAAGGAAAUCUACAGGAAGAUUCAGUAGGGGCUCUUUGACGUCAACAACGAGGUGAAUGGCAUCAAGAUCGGGCCCCAGCAGCCAUCGGCAGCUCCUGGCGCUGGCUCUCACCACAGCCCCCAGGGCUCAGGAGACAGUUCAGGCUGCUGUUGAGCCCACAUCAAUGCCAGUGCCCCUGGAGUGGGGGGUCACCCUCUGCUUCUCUGGGGCUGAGACUAGCCCACCCCAGUCCCUCGUGGGGAAGGUGGCUCCCUGGCUGAGCUGUGGAGGUGGGAGGGGGCUGUGACUCCUGUCCCGCCCCCAUGGAGGGAAACAGGUGCCCCCUGACACACGCU